AAAAUCCAAAUCUCAAAAUUUAUCGAGCACACAUAUGUACACGCACUAUAAAUAUAGUGGAUUACUCUGUUGGCUCUUGUAGAAGUUUGGAUUGUAUUUGGUGAGCAACCUUUCUCUCCCCUCUCCCUCUCUCUCUGUCUCUCUCUGCAGGUGAAUUAGGUUAAAGAAAUAGAAGAUCAAAUGGGUCGAACUGCUUCUUCAAAACACAAAUCUUCAAACAAGAAAAAAUCCAAACUUUCCUCUCAGACCCGAAGGAAGAAGACGAGUAAAAGAAAUAAAUCGAAGAGGGUUUAUAGCGAUGAUUCUGUUUCUUCGGAUUCUGAUGAGUCGUUGAGGUCUGUGUCUGUAUCGUUGUCUGAUAGUGAGGAUGGUGAUAUUGGCAGAAAGGGACGGUCUCGCGCGAGAGGUAAGGUGAAGGGUAGUAAGAAGAGGGUUCGAAGAAGCUCUUCUAGUGAUGAUAGCAGUGUAGAUGUUAAGGUGAGGAAACAUUCAAAAAGAAUUGGGGAUUCUAAGGUUAGGAAGAGAACACAUAAGAAGAAGAAGAAGAAGAUUAGGAGAAAAGUCAGUGUUAGUUCUUCGAGCAGUGAUUCGGGAAUUGUGAGGACUCGUCGUCAUGACAGUUCUAGUGGUACGGAGGAGAGUGAACAUGAGAGGAAGAGGGGAAGGUCUAGGAAGAGGAAAAGCGACAGAACAAGUUCAGGUAAACUUGGAUCUAAAAAGAGUAGAUUGAGGUCUAGGAGUUAUUCUUCAGGCAGCCGUUAUAGUAAUAACAGUGAUGAUGUGAUUAAGGAUAAUGUGGCAAGUGAGAUUGAUCAGAACAGGGAAAUAGUUGCGAGUGAGAUUUUGCCAAGGCGUUUAAAAUCAAUUAUUACUGUUGUACGACCACAAUAUGAAGAAGAAGCAAGUGGACAGGAUAAGGAUGAAAACAAAGAAGAGAUUUUUUACGAUCAGGAUGAUUACCCUUCCUGCAGAAGCAAUGACAGUAACGAUGGGGGUAAGAGGGACUUGGCACACAAAUCUUACGAUGGAUCUGAGAAGGAAAGAGCUGAAGAUAUGGUGGGACAAGAAGAUUUUUCUUAUGAACUUGUAGCAAAUGAGUCUAAAUUAAGUAGCAUAGAUAGGAUUGAUCAAUCUUAUAGAGCGUCAAUAGAACAUCCCGGUAAUAAAAAUGAGAUUGAUACAUCUACUCCCAUUGGAGGAUUUGGCAGUGAGGAUCUAGAGACAAUCUUGAGGCAAAAGGCUCUAGAGAAUCUUAUGAGGUUUCGAGGUCCUCAGAAAAAUGCAAAACCGACAUCUUAUCACGAAUAUGAGACCGAGAGAAAUGUUAAAUCAUUCGCUGCAAAGGCUGAUGAUGUUCAAAACAAGUCAUCUAAGCAGGAUCCCACGAUUGGAGUUGGUGAAACUGGAGGAAAGAAUCAGCAGAAUAGGCAGACACUGAGGACAAAUUCGUCUCGUUUUGUGCAGACUGAGGAUAUGAAGGUGGAUGGAAGAGAAAUUGAAAUUGAAAUUAGCACAGCCAAACCGAUGGAACAACCGCCAGAAAGUAGCCUGGAGAAACUGCCACAAUCACCUGUGUCUGCAAAUGUACGGGGAACGUCUGUUAUACACAAGAGUGCCGCUGAAAAGGCUGAAACUGUAGCCGGGAGUAUUGUUAAUAAUGAGAAUGUAGGAGCUAAUGAUGCCUCUCAUGUGGUUCCAGAAUCUUCUUGUAGUAAACCAAUAUCUGAUGAACAUAACUCUAAACAAUGCCAAGAAGAAUCCAAAGGCAACUCAUUUGAACAGAAAACUAUGUCUGUGAUGAGAGGUGGUGAAAUGGUGCAGGUGAGCUACAAGGUCUACAUUCCAAAUAAAGCCCCUGCUCUAGCUAGAAGGAAACUCCAGCGAUGACUAAUAUGCUUCUGGUGGUAACGGGCACCAUUUUUGUAUACAUGUGAUUCUAUCCCAGUAUAGACAGGACAGAAGCUGUCAUUGGCCUUUUGCUGUCCCCAUGAAGAUAGAUAAAUCUAUCUGUACAAACUGAAAGCUGCUCGUAGGGAAGUUCUGAAGUAGGGUAUGUCAAAAACAUGGAGAAAAUGGAAAAAUACGCGGCUCUUGCUUUGCAAAUAAUAAAAUGUAUUAAGAUUAUUCGGGAAAUACAAUAUACAAUUUUGCUUACCCAUUCCCCAAGCAGUUGUUUUGCUCCAUUUCAAUGUUGUUAACUUGAGCCGCAGUUGGAUAUUAUGCUAUACGAAGUAACCCUCUAGUAUAGAAUUCUUUGUUAAGCAAUUUUAACAGCAUGUAGCAUAUGGCAUGUAGGUUUUAUAUGGAUGUAUCUUUUAUCAAACA